AUGGCAUCUUGGGAGCAGAACCAGAUGGGUCCCCCUUGGCCUGAGGUGAGGCGCUGGCUGGCAGGUGCAGGGCUGAAGAGGGCUGGCUCCUCUGACAGGAAGAAUCCAAUAUGACACACACUGUCCCCCCAGGGUGCAGGCUGACACCCCUACCCUCCCAACACCCACCCAGCCUCUACAGCACAGUGCAGGAGACUCACACACCAUUAUUGGUGGACGGGCUCAACACUCACUCACUGCAUUCACAUUCACCGCGUGAGGCAGUUUGUUUGUUUCUUUGUUUGUUGGGGGACUUUGUGUUUGUUCUGUUUUGCUUUUUGAGGCGGACCCCCUUCAAGCGCCACUGGAGAGUCGCUUGGGCUGGGUUCCAGCCUUUUGCUUUUGGGACCCAGUAGAGGUCACAUUCUGGCUGUUGACACACACACACACACACACACACACUCGUCCUCAUCUCUCUCUGUCUCCCUGUAGUUUCCAUCUCUUUUCGAUUUGUACCGUGAAAGGAAAUAUUGUCAUCAAAAUAUAAAUCAAAGCAAGCAUUUGUGCUGAUCCUGUCAAGAUGACACAUUAUAUGAAAGAUGAAUACAAGUUAUGAUUAUGGAGUUCUUUUCUCUCCCUGUGUCUUUGCUUUUAUGAUCUGGCUAAUCACAUCCUGACUUCCCUCUGGCUGCCUGUGUCCUUCUGUCCUUUACUGGGUGCAACCACAGCAGCAGUUCCUGAGUAUCUCUCUCUCUCUCUGUGCAGCAUGCACUGGCUGGAAUUAAAUAGGAUCUGGGCAUCUUGACAGACUGAGGCUGUCUGUGUCUGUGUCUCUGCCUGCCUGGCAGCCUCCUCUCCUCUCCUCUCCUCUCCUCUCCUCUCCUCUCCUCUCCUCUCCUCUCCUCUCCUCUCCUCUCCUCUCCUCUCCUCUCCUCUCCUCUCCUCUCCUCUCCUCUCCUCUCCUCUCCUUUCCCUGGACGUCAUAUGAAGAACUGACUCUGGUCUCUGUCUCUCAAAUUAUUUAAUUGGAUCCAAACUCAGUAGCACAGACAUCAAUACAGCACUAUAUCUGCCAUAAGGCACUGUCAUUAGUCAAUACUUCUCCUUGUGCACGCCAAAGGCUCCAGUCAGACCUCAUUAUGGAGUAUCGUAUUCAGUUGAGCGGUGGGAACGGGGACUGGGACUCCUCUGGGACCACACUAAGGAUCACAGUUCACUCAAUAUACCAAACAUUAGGAACACUUUCCUAAUAUUGAGUUGCACGUCGGGGCAUGGACUCAACAAGGUGUCGAAAGCGUUCCACAGGGAAACUGGCCCAUGUUGACUCCAAUGCUUCCCACAAUUGUGUCAAGUUGGCUGGAUGUCCUUUGGGUGGGAGACCAUUCUUUAUACACAUGGGAAACUGUUGAGCGUGAAAAACCCAGCAGUGUUGCAGUUCUUGACACAAACCGGUGCGCCUGGCACCUGCUACCACACUCUUUUCAAAGGCACUUAAAUAUUUUGUCUUGUCCAUUCACCCACUGAAUGGCACACAUACACAAUCCAUGUCUGAAUUGUCUCAAGGCUUAAAAAUCCUUCUUUAACCUGUCUCCUCCCCUUUAUCUACACUGAUUGAAGUGGAUUUAACAAGUGACAUUAAUAAGGGAUAGCUUUCACCUGGUCAGUCUAUGUCAUGGAAAGAGCAAGUGUUCUUAAUGUUUUGUACAUUCAGUGUAUACACCAGUAACCUAUAGAUCACCCACUAUUUCCCACUGUCUCUAGACAGCUCAGAUUGGAGUCAUUUAAAACAUUCACUCAGUCAGCUCAGACGUUGUGUGGUGUGUGUCUGGUGUUGUGCGGUGUGUGUCUGGUGUUGUGUGGUGUGUGUGGUCAUGACUCGGUGUGGUGUGUUUAUGAGUAGGUGUGGUGUGUGUCCUGUGUUGAGGUGUGUGUGUGCGUAGUCAUUGAGGUACAUGUAUGACUGAGUGUGGUGUGUGUCUGUCCAGUGCUGAGAUGAGUGUUGUCUUGACUGAUUGCAGUGUGUGUAUCCCCAGGGGGCGUCCUCCAGCCUGGUGGUGAAGUUUGCCGACACAGAUAAGGAGCGGACCCUGCGUAGGAUGCAUCAGAUGGCGGGCCAGCUCGGCAUCUUCAGCCCCAUGACCAUCCAGUUUGGGGCCUAUGGCGCCUACUCUCAUGCUGUAAGUCUCGGCUCCACGGGGGAGGAGACGGUGAGCCUUUACACUCUGCGCUGCGAGUCACGGCUCCUCCUGAUAGCUAGCUAUACACUCUCUGUCUAUCUAUAAAGCCUAUAGCUAGCUAUACACUCUCUGUCUAUCUAUAAAGCCUAUAGCUAGCUAUACACUCUCUGUCUAUCUAUAAAGUCUAUAGCUAGCUAUACACUCUCUGUCUAUCUAUAAAGCCUAUAGCUAGCUAUACACUCUCUGUCUAUGUAUAAAGCCUAUAGCUAGCUAUACACACUCUGUCUAUCUAUAAAGCCUAUAGCUAGCUAUACACUCUCUGUCUAUCUAUAAAGCCUAUAGCUAGCUAUACACUCUCUGUCUAUCUAUAAAGCCUACGUUCACACCUGAAGUUAACAGCUCCUCAAGUUUGGAGACUGUAGAGUUUGCACUCACACUGUAUCUAACAGCUCGCCCUGGUAGGUGAGAAUCACCCACUCACACACAGUAAAGCAGGCUGACUGUCUGACUGUCUGUCUGUCUGCUCUCUAGCUUCAUCUCAUUAUAUUGUGUUAUCUGUUGUUUGUAAUGAGCAGCAGCCCUGUACAGCAGCAGUGCUGUUAAGUAGCAGGGCUCCGGGGAAACAGAGACCUGUCUAUUCAACGACAUGGCCAAGCAAAGUAAACAUGCCCCUUGUCCUACGGCGAUAUCACCCUGCCUCUCUCUCUCCCGUCUCCCUUUCCCCCCUCUCCCACUGCCUCCCUCUCCCCCUCUUUCCCUCGCCCCCCCUUCCUCUCUCUCUCUUCAAUGCCACAGCAGAUGAUGCAACAGCAAGCAGCGCUAAUGGCGGCGACCCAGAACUCGUAUCUGAACCCCAUGGCAGCCAUCGCUGCGGCACAAAUGCAGCAAAUGGCAGCUUUCAACGUCAACGGUCUGGUGGCUGCCCCAAUGACACCCUCCUCAGGUACAAAUACACAGCCAGGACUGGUCUCCCCGUCCUUCCCCAACCCUCCCUCCUACGUGCCUGUAAUGCUUCACUGUAUUCAUUAGUGAGCCUUGUACAAGCCGUGCUAAUGUAAUGUAUUCUGCCCUUGCUGUUAGUACAUUUCUUUAGACGUUAUCAGGUCUCUUUUCAUCUCUGUCUCUUUUAAAAGGGAGAAAAAAAACUGUCUGCCUUUAGGUAGUGGUGAAGUCUAGAGAAAAAAAGAGUCUGCCCUUUUGGUAGUGGUGAAGUUAGAGAUGACAUUGCCAGAGUCACAUAGGGCCCUAAAGUAAGAUAGAGAAGACGUGUCGUGAGGGAGGUAUGAUGGGUUAUGAUGUACGACAUCCCCCAGCCCUCAUUGGCUGCCACAGAGUACGGCCUCUCUCUCUUUCUCUCUCCCAGUCUCCCUCCCUCCCUCCAUCUCUCUCUCUCUUUCUCUCUCUCUCUCUCUCGCUCUCUCUCAUGGGCAACUGUUUGUGUGUUUCCGGGAACACAGCCAAUCUGAUGACUUUGGAUGCAAAGUCCUUGACUAUACAAUAUACGAGCAAAGAUUUGUGGGAGAUAAUCCUGGACCUGAGUUUGACCUAUCUUCCUGGCCCUUGUCGUGAAAAGCUUUGAUGGCUCGACACUAAGUAGGCUGACUGGCCCAAGACAGGGGCUCCACUCGUCUCUCUAAAUGAAUUAAAUAAAGUGGCUCAGUCACCUCUGCAUCCAUCCGCCAUCUGUAAUCCACAAAGCCUACAUACACCCAGGUAAUGCCUAUCAAAUUUAAUCCUACAUGACUUAAAUGCCCUUCACCGGGAUUAGGGAAAAUAAUAAUAAUCCAUCUGGCACAAGACGAGAGAGUAUGGACAAGGUGACAAACCUGAAAUGUGACACGGGGUUGAGGCUGAGGCCACUAACAGACAGAGAGGCCCCAGCCCUAGUGUCCAAUUAGACGCUGGUCAGAGAGAGGCUGCAGACUGUGGAGUGUGAACUAUGUCCACCAUGGCCUGUGGUCCCAGUAAUGAAACAGGGUUGCUCUAUUUACAGGCACCAGCACGCCGCCGGGUAUCAAUGCCACGACCGUGCCCAGCCUAGCGGCGCCCAUGGGGGUCAACGGGUUCGCAUCCCUCCCGCCCCAGACCAACGGUCAGCCCACUAACGAGCCAAUCUACACCAAUGGGAUCCACCCCUACCCAGGUGAGACAGCCAAUGGGAUUCACCUAUACUCAGGUGAGUCAAUCUAACAGCAGUUUAAUUAAAUUGACAUUUAGCCUUUUCUUAAACUAGGAAAGAAAAUAUAAUAAAUUGUCGAGGGAGACCUGGCAAGAUAGUCUUAGGUGACUGCCAUACUGCAAUCAGAAUAAGUGUGUGACAGUGGUUGUGAGAGUCAAAUAUGAGUUUUAAGAUGGUUUAAGAAAAGCAAGCUGAGCUUUCAUGAUUAUGGUUAAUAUGAUGAGCCUAAGAAGCUCCUCCUCAGCUUCUUAAUGCUGUAUGCUCCUGAUGAUUCCUGAACAACUGACACAUCAUCAUGCACUUGACUCCUUGAUGCAUUAUGUAAGGCAGCUGCAGUGAUAAUGAACCACAAAGCAGUUUGUUUGGCAUGUUGUUAAUAUUUGAUGCAAACAUCUGGGGGAGAACAGGGAUUUUGAAGAACUGUGAAAUAUGACAACUCUAAUCUAUGUAUGAUUCCAUCCUCUGCCUCUCUCUCCCUCUCUCCCUCUCUUUCUCUCUGUUUCUCUCUCUCUUUCUCUCUCUCCAUCUCUUUCUUUCUUUCUUUCUUUCUUUCUUUCUUUCUUUCUUUCUUCUUUCUUUCUUCUUUCUUUCUUUCUUUCUUUCUUUCUUUCUUUCUUUCUUUCUUUCUUUCUUUCUUUCUUUCUUUCUUUCUUUCUUUCUUUCUUUCUCUCUCUCUCUCUCACUUUAUCUCCCUCUCCCUCUCUUUCUCCCUUUCUUUCUCUCUCCCUCUCUUUCUCUCUAUCCCUCUCUCUCUCUGUCUCUCUCUUUCUCUCUCUGCAGCACAGAGUCCUACAGUGACUGACCCUCUCCAGCAGGCUUACGCCGGUGUGCAGCACUACGCAGGUGAUCUGCCUCUCCUCACUCCUCUCCUCUCUCCUCCAUCUCUCCCUCUCUCCCUCUCUCCCUCUCUGUCACUCUAGCAGAGACUAUGGCUGCUAAAGAUAGCCCAGAGGACUGGCCAAUUUUCUCCAGGAUUAGGAAACUUUACAUUAGGAUUUGAACGGAUUUCCAGUGGACUUGAUUAUACACCCACACAAAAAUCUUAAUGACAAAAGUACACUGAGAACUGCGUUCCGGACACCCCUUCUACAUGAUCGGUGAUAUAGAUAGACACACACUAGGACCUCUCCUCUUUAACCAUCAGGAUAGGAAUAGGCUCUCAUUCCUGUACUGUAUGUGUCCCUGUUUAGACAGUGCAUUCCCUUUGUGUAGUGAUCCACAAUGAAAUUGAGCUCAGGCUCCAAGCCGUAAUGCAAUUUAUUUAUUCAGUGUCUGGAGGACGUGAACAAUAGAAUAAUGAUUUAAGUUGUUGUCGCAAAUGGAGAUGUAAUAUCCCACUCUGGCUCUUUUCCUUCUCUGUGCAACAGCAGCCUACCCUGCCGCCUAUGCACCAAUCAGUCAAGCGUUCCCCCAGCAACCCACCAUCAUCCCCCAGCAACAGAGAGAAGGUAAGAGCUAGCAGGAGCGCCCACCCAAGAUAAAAGGUGAUAUUUACCAUGUUCCAUUCUAAUGUACGGCUGCUUGAAUUAGCCAGGGAGAGGAAACACUGGGCUGGAAAAUGUGAGAAAAAUAGAAUUUCAUUUAAAAGAGUUUAACAUUAGCAGGCAGCAAGAUGGAAAAGUUACUCUGUCAUUAUUCAAAAACUGCACUAAUUCAAACUUUCAGUGUUCGACUGGUUAAUCAGUCCAUUACAAUAUGUUUAAGUGGUUAUAAAUAUUCAUUAGAUUAAUUAGCUGCAUGCAUAAUCAUUUAUUAACAUUCCUAGUUUAGUGUUAGUACCACAGCAUUAAAUGUAAUAAAGCAUAGGAUAUGCUGUAAUGGUAAAUCACUCUUCCUGACACCGUUUGUCAUAUAUCAUUAUUAAUUUAUGUUAUUGUACAGUGUGUGACAGUUAUGAAUAUGAUUAUUAGUCAACGUGGAAAAUCUGAAAUGACUCUAAGUGUUCUAACAUUGCAUAAGGGGAAUAAUUGUAUUGCGGUGUGUUUUGCCAAGCAUUGUGGUCUACCUACCCCCAUCCUUGAGUUAAAUUAAGCUUGCAUUAGGGUUAGGGUUAUGUGACUGCUAUACUUGUGUUUGCAGUGUACAUUAAGCCACAGAGCUGCUCCUCCUCCUGACAGUGUCUCAGUCCCACUGGCCUGUCUCUGACUCAGAUCUGGAUCCUUCCCUCUCUGGCUUGGCUGUUGGCUGGUCUCCCAGUCUGCCUACCCCAGUCUGCAGCCGCCAGGAGACUGCUGCCGCAGCAGCCCCCAUUUCAUGAGACACACCUAAACUAACAAACAGGCAGAAUAAAGCCACAAGCUCAGACUGUAAAACCACAGCUCUCUAUCAUACUGUGUGUGUCCUCUAUCUGGGCCAGGGAGAGUCAGUCAGCUCCAGCCUCAGCAGCCUCUUAUCAGCCUUCUCACCAGCCACAGGCUCAUCUCGUCAUGCUAUCAUCCCCGAGCAAUGAGACAGGGAACAAUCCAUGCAGCCGCUAGUACAGCACAGCACACCAAGCAGCCCACACAUCUCUCUCUCUCUCUCUCUCUCUCUCUCUCUCUCUCUCUCUCUCUCUCUCUCUCUCUCUCUCUCUCUCUCUCUCUCUCUCUCUCUCUCUCUCUCUCUCUCUCUCUCCUGUCUAUUCCUCUCCUCAUCAGAAGGCCAUGUAUAGUAUGUGGUAUCUAGGUUUGUGGAGACUGAAGAGAGAUUGGGAGCCAGUCAGUCCUGUCCUACUGUCAGCUAGUAAUUGGGGCAGACACUGGGCUUAUGUCAUCAUGCAUGCUCUGCCUGUCCUCUCCUUCUAUUUCCCCAUGUAACCUCUAUAGUUUGUUGUUGUUAUUUCCCACCAGGGCCGGAAGGCUGCAACCUGUUUAUUUACCAUCUGCCCCAGGAGUUUGGAGACGCAGAGUUAAUGCAAAUGUUCCUGCCUUUUGGCAACGUCAUCUCCGCCAAAGUCUUUGUGGACCGGGCGACCAAUCAAAGCAAGUGUUUUGGUGAGUCAGUGAGUGAAAGCUGUCAGCUCUGCUGAGAAAAAAAGAAUUGGAUGAGAAGUCGACUGUGAUGUUUGCCAAUCUUCUCAUGUCCCACUUUGGAUUCUGCAUUUAGUUGUAUUUUCCUUUAUUCCCUGUGUCUAUCCUAAUCAAGUUGCAAUUAACAUUUGAAAAGUGGCGUUACAUGCGAGUGAGCAGGGAGGAGAGGGUGAGGGGGAUGUGUGCUUCGCUCCUUAGGUUCAACUCAUCAGCAGAUGCUUAUGAGAUACUGGGAGUGGGUGAGAGGGGGGAAGGGGUUUGUUUUUAACUACCUCAAACUCCAGUAUAAGUCCACUGCUCCCCAGGUUCAAGUACCUAUUACCAUGUAGCUAGACAUGCAGUAUAGGGGUAUAUAGUCUCCAUAAGCCCUUCUGGCUAUUAGCAUUUCACCUUCAACAAACAUACUAUAAAACUAUGGUCCUCCAGCCUCCAUAGAUAGCCCCUAGAGACCCAGCCUCCCAGCCUCCUAUCCAACACCUUCCUCCCACACAGCCUGUAGUAAUGGAACUGGGUGGUGGUGGAGGAUGUGCAGGUGGACUGUGUGAUCUUCAGGAGAUAAUAAUAGACCUGUUUGAGCCCUAGACAGCAGCACCCACGAGAUGAGGAGCUGGACUGCAGAAACUGACCACUGACCUCCUAUAUGGGCUGUCUAGGAUGAGAAUAGCAUGUCUAUCACUACUCUACGAGGAAGGACAAAGAAACUGUGACCUCACGCAUCUCACCAUUAUUUUCCCAUGCAGCUAUUAAUUAAGAUCUUGGCUGAAAAACAAUCAUUUAACCUCUCAUUUUUUCGCCUUCCUUUUUAUAGUCUGAGCCCCAGGGCUCUUGUGAGAGACAUUAACAAAUUAGACAGAAGAUGCUGUGCAUUAAGUGAACUAAAUCAUUACUCUCCUGCAGCAACAGGGGAAGCAAUUUGAUCCCUCUUCAGUUCAAAAUGGAAAAUGAAUUCUUCCUAUGCACAUCAGAUGCAACAUCAUAGGGUGUGUGUGCGCACACACCCUAUGAUUCUCAGUGAUUGACAAUAGGCAAUGUGCCAAUGUCAUCAUUAUGGAAUCCAGGGUAGUCAUUGACUUACUGAGAUGAGGCAAAGUCCCAGUUUAAAAAGUGAAAUUGUCAAAGUGAAAAAGAGUGUUCCAACAUCCCGAAAACAUUAAGACCGUUUCAAUGGCGAUUGAGCAUGCUUUGACAUCCACUCUGGUAAUUGUUAGUUGUUGGUGUUAAUUAUCAGCUUCAGAAUGUCAGAUGUGCAGCUAAAGAAGAUGGUGGACCAGUCACUUUGGUGACUGAACGACCAGCUGCCCCAAAUGAGUUUGUUUGUAGAGUAAAAGCACAGAGAGAUCUUAAAAGACUGGCUUUAGAGUGGGAUGUUGAGUUUCUGGCUGUUUCAAGGUCUUAGUCUGGGUUCUGUUGGGAUACACUGUUAUUUUAAUCCUCCAUGUUUAUUCACUCAAUAUUGACAUUUAAGGAUGAUCAAAGCUCACCUCUCUAAGUGGAAUUAGAAAGCACUGCAUACACACUCGCAGACUAACACUUACCAUUGAAAUAGAUUAUCCUCUGUUUUUAGAAGAACAGCAAGCAGCACUCUACUGUUUUGGUUGGCUUAAAGUGGGAGCAGUGCCCAUCAAGCCGUUUCACAACGUCGGUCAGCAUCUAGCUGUACAGUUCCCGAGCUACACCUUAGACACUAAGUCACCACACUGGAAGUGAUGGAGAGCUGUAGAAUGAUAAGACUGUAGCCUUUGUCAGUACUCCACUCUCAACUGCAAAUCAAACCUUGUCCGUAAUACCCUACAGGGAUGUUACAGAGGACUGAACAUCAUUUUCUCAGCUGAAGAGCUGCGAGGGAAACAUGAAAUGAUGAUUCAUACAUGAUAGUAUUCAAUCUCCUCUCACAAAGGCUGUUUGGGGUGUUUUACAUUGUGCUGUGCAAUGAAUGUGUCCUAGUCAAGUGCUGCUAGUCCCUCUGAAGCGUACAGUGCUGUAUAAAACAUCAUAAUAAACCUGGCAGCUGACUGAUUUACAUGGUGCCAUGAUUUACCACACUUCUAGUCUGCUCUUUUCUUUGUCCUCUCUUUCUUCACUGUCUUCUUCUUCACCUUUUUCCCCUCCCUGACAAUCACCUUUUGGGGUUGGGAUGUAAAUGCAAGGUUGAGAUUGAUGAGAGCGGGGAUGUGAGGGGGAUCGUUGCUGUCUGACAGGCCCUUCCCUGCUCAGUUUGUUUAAAGGGUUUGUAAAAGCAGGAGCCUUAUCUCUCCCCACCUGACAAAAGCCUGCCCUCUCCCCCCAAAUUAAAUUGGACCCAUAGCGACCUGAUCAAAUCAGCUGGCAAGCGGAAAAUUCCGGCCGUCAAUCACGGAGGUGUCUGAUAAAAACAGGCAGGAGUCCCAAUGUGGAAAGCUCCGGGCUCAUUCCGCCCCAACACCCAAGUGAUAACUCAGAGCACAUGCAGGGCAGGAGAGAGGAGAGGCUGGCACCUCUAUUCACAGGCAGGGGAGAGGAGAGGAGAGGCUGACACCUUUACUCACAUGCAGGGGAGAAGAGAGGAGAGGCAGGCACCUCUAUUCACAGGCAGGGGAGAUGAGAGGAGAGGAGAGGCAGGUACCUCUAUUCACAGGCAGGGGAGAUGAGAGGAGAGGAGAGGCAGGUACCUCUAUUCACAGGCAGGGAAAAGACACCUCUACUCACGGUAACCCUCCACCUUCCCACACCUACACCCAGUACGCCCCGCCCCGAGCCUGGCACCAUGCUCUGACCCUGCUCCUCUUACUCUACACACACACACAUACACUUUCACUUCCACCUUGCUAUGCUUAGAGACAUACAGAUGCAGCAUCUUAAUUUGAGCCAAUUUGCUACAGCAGGAAAAUAAUCCUGCAGCAACAGGAAAUGUGAAUUAUUAUGUGGAUUAUAAUUAAUGGACAUUUUGUAGGGGUUGAUACAUUUUUCGUAAGGGAAAGUCAAGUAUGACAUUUCAAAGUGGAAAUUACAAACUUCAGAAGCCUUUUUAAACCUCAAAUACAAUACAAGUUUUAAAAUUCCUGCAUUGCUGUUCUCCUGCAACAGGGUGAUCGAAUUAAGAUCCUACUGUACAGACCAACACUCAUACUCAUAGAUAUUCUCUGUCAGUUUCUCAAACACACAUGCACAGAAAACACACCCUCAAACACCGUAUGACACUCCUUUUUAUCUCAUCUUGCUUCUCCUUUCUUCAAAUUAUACCCUCCGACUUCUAACACUCUUCAAUUUGGAGGUUUUUGAUAUCUAUGUCAUUAACCAUUUUGUGAUUUCGUGUAAUCAUCUUUUUAUUUCAGAGAAUGUACCUCCUGAAUAGGGAAAAUGAAGACCCAUUGUUGUUGCAUUGUGGGAAGCUAAAAAGGGGGUCUCUCUCUCUUUCUUUCUUCCCCUUUUCAUUAUUUCUUUCUCUCUCUCACUCUGUAUCUCUCUGUCUCUUUCUCACUCUGUAUCUCUCGGUCUCUCUCUCAUUCUGUAUCUCUCUGUCUCACUCUCACUCUGUAUCUCUCUGUCUCACUCUCACUCUGUAUCUCUCUGUCUCACUCUCACUCUGUAUCUCUUUGUCUCUCUCUCACUCUGUAUCUCUCUGUCUCUCUCUCACUCUGUAUCUCUCUGUCUCUCUCUCACUCUGUAUCUCUCUGUCUCUCUCUCACUCUGUAUCUCUCUGUCUCUCUCUCUCACUCUGUUAUCUCUAUGUCUCUCUCUCUCACUCUGUAUCUCUCUGUCUCUCUCUCACUCUCCCUCCUUCUUUGUGUCCUAGGCUUUGUGAGCUUCGAUAACCCGUCCAGUGCCCAGGCAGCUAUCCAGGCCAUGAAUGGUUUUCAGAUAGGCAUGAAGCGGCUGAAGGUGCAGCUGAAGCGGCCAAAGGAUGCCAACCGACCUUACUGACCCAUCUGCCGUUCACAUCCAGGUAAGAGCACACGCCAUGCCAUGCCCACAUUCAUGCCCAGAGCCAGGUCUGAAUGGCAGACAGCCCCUCAGGGUGAGGGAGUAGGAGGGGCAGUGGGGACACAUGUCUGA